CACAGCCCUCCACAGAACUGGACACAGAUAGCAUCCUAUCGGAUUCCGGCUUAACUGGGUGUGAAAAUGGAAGGGCAGGUGGGAGCGACUCCUUCAACUUUCAGAUAGAAAGAAAAACAUAAAGGCACCUGUUUGAACUUUAACUUGAGCUCUAAGGAAUCAACAAGGUGCUUUUAUUGGAUGAUAACACUUUCGAAGCAUCAUGAGCCACUUUGGGUGUUCAACUCACCUGAGAUGUGGAAGCAUUGGCCUCUUGUAGGACUGCACUCCAUGAGAAGAAAUACAAGGAUGUCUGCAGGUGUAAGAUUUGUGCUUCACGGCAGGUUUCCACAAAAACAGGUUCUUAUUCAAAACGUGACUGGAGACUCAUCAGAAGAAAGCUAUAAAUUGCAGAGAUGAUUUCAAUACAAACGGCUGAAAAGCAAAUGACAUUUCAUCACGGAGAAGGCUAAAUCUAUCUCAAUCCUCUAAAGCAUGGAGAAAACAGUGCCAGGUCUGAUGCUCGGUCUCCUGACCACUCACACAACUCCAAAUGAUACCUUGGGCCAACGGAGCACGACCAAGCCAACCCCUCCCAGCAUGGAGGAGGUUAUCCAUUCAGAAACACAGGUCAAGGAUCUUAUCGGGCUGUUUUGCAUGGUGACCCUCAAUCUUGCAGCACUACUGGGCAACAGUGGAGUGAUGGUGGCCAUCGCCCGGGCCCCUCAUACGAAAAAAUAUGUAUUCGUUUGUCAUCUUUGCUCAGUUGACUUACUUUGUGCUAUAUUGCUGAUGCCUCUUGGGAUUAUGUCAAGUUCUCCUUUCUUCAACACUGUUGCAUUUACGGUUCUGGAGUGUCAGGUGUACAUCUUUUUAAAUGUGUUCCUCAUCUGUGCCUCUAUUUUAACUGUGACCGCCAUCAGUAUAGAGCGCUAUUACUACAUCGUACACCCCAUGCGCUACGAGGUGAAGAUGACUUUAAACCUUGCUCUUGGUGUUAUGGUUUCCAUCUGGGUAAAAUCCAUCCUUUUGGCUUUGGUGACACUCCUCGGUUGGCCAGCGUAUGGAAACCAGAGCUCAAUCGCAGCAGCUCAUUGCUCUUUACACUGGAGUCACAGUCGCCUCAGGAAAGUUUUCGCGAUUCUCUUCAGCAUGUUUUGCUUUUUAAUUCCUGCCAUCGUGAUCUUCGCCGUGUAUUGCAACGUGUAUAAAGUCGCACGAACGGCUGCCCGUCAGCACGCCCCGAUUCCCACCUGGGUAGCCAACCAAGCCAAGCGUCGCUCUGAUUCCAUCAACAGUCAGACCACCAUCAUAGCCACCACCCGUAGCCUGCCCCAACGAUUGUCUCCAGAGCGAGUUUUUGGGGGCGGUAAGGCUGCGAUCACCUUGGUUGUCAUUGUAGGUCAGUUUUUAAUAUGCUGGCUCCCGUACUUCAGUUUUAACCUGUAUAUGUCCAUCGCCACUCCACAGCAGAGCCCAGGAGACAUUGAAGAGGCUGUCACUUGGCUAGCGUACUCCUCGUUCGCUGUGAAUCCGUUCUUCUACGGUCUUCUGAACAGACAGAUCAGGGAGGAACUUAUAAAAUUAAGAAAAUGUUGUGCCAGUAGACCCGUAGAACUUCGGGCCACCAGUCACGAAGGUUCCCUCCAGGAGAACUUUCUUCAGUUUUUGCAGAGGACCAGCAGCACGGCUGAGACCACCAGACCUAGUUGUGGCAAUACUAGUCCGAGCAACACUGUGGACCAGGGUGCCAGGUUACCAGGUCAGAUCCCAGAGGAAUGAUGAGUAAAAUGCCAAUGAGAGAACGUUUUUGUAUGUACGUGAAUUAAAUGUCUUUUUGAAUUCAUGUAAAGUCGUGCGAUUCCAAACAACUGUAAAUAUGCUUCAUCAUUUUGGAAAGCCAGAAUGCGUCAUGCAUUCCCAAAAAAAUCUGAAUAUCAGACCAGUUAGGUCAUUGGACCAGUGUUAUCUUUUGUAAUCUAUUUACUAGAAUUCACUGUUAUGGUUCCCACGCAUUAGUAAAUUAUCAAAUGUAUCCGUUUUUUAAAUAUACAUAUAUUUAUUUUUUCAUUAGGUAAU